AUGAGCGGCAUCGGCCAUUCGGCCAAUAUCCCCUCUACUGGAAAGCCUGCACUUUUCAAACUGCCAGAUAAAGGCGACUACAGCUUGGGUGCCGAACCGCCUUCUGCAUCCAACCGUCUAACAUACAAUACCGAUGACGCUUCCACUCUGGAGCGGUUUAAAAUCCGUGAACUCUGCGAAGGCUGGCCUCUUCACCGUGAUGCCUGCGAAUGGUCUGAUCUGAGGGAAAUAUUUGAUCCCAAGGCCUUCAUAAAUAUCAGCUGGCAGCAAAACUAUCGGGACAAGGCCAUUGAUACUUGGGCUGAAGGAUGGGCCAAGAGUGAAUUUAUUUGCCAUCGGGUUCUGGGUCACGCCGUAGAUAUCAAGGGUGAUCGUGCCAUCGAUAAAAUGAAGUGUACGAUUUCCUGGCGUUUUGCGGAUGAGAAUGGCGUUGAAUGGGAUAGCGACUGUGACUGUCGCUUUGGGUACUUUUUGAAGAAGCAGCCGCAGGGAUGGAAAAUCCUCUGCAAUCAUCCAAUCUAUGAGAAGGAUAAAUGUGUACCAGUGGACCCUACUCGACCGCCACAUAUUGACCAUGAAUCUCUAGCUAAGGAGCCCAAAGGCUACCGGUUUCUGGCUUAUGGUAUGCGCCGGCUAGGCUAUCCGAUUAAGCAGAAUCUGCCCCAGUUGUUUGGCAAAGAGCGUGACAUGGUAUACAAGGAAAUGGCGGAGUGGCUGGAUGGUAAGGACAUUGAUUUCUCUAAAGAUGACUUUUGA